AUGCGGUUACACCUCGUAUUCGCACUGGGCCUUCUACCAACGACUCUUACAGCAGCUGAGCUCUACCACAAACACGAUGAUCAAGCGCUAGCCUCCUGUUCCAUUCCCAAGAGGGAUAACUGCGAUUUUUACCUGUCCUGUCUAGAAGCCGCGGUACCAUGUGGCCGCGAAGGCUACGCCAUUGCCUAUGGCGACCACUACUGUCACAAAUUUCAAUCAGUGCUGACGCGGUUCUCUGAUCAAGGCAAAGUCUGGCUCAGCAACGCCAUGUAUUGCCUGCAGGAGAAGCUGGUGCCCUACGCGACUGGCCAAAAUCAAGCCAGCUGCAAGGCGAUCCAGAAAUACGCCUUUGCAACACAUCCAUCCUGUUACCUCGAUAACGGCCUGUGCACUCUCCCACCCUCGGACUGGCUUGCGAUCCUCGAAACUGUAGGCACCGAAGGCCUGUUUGGUAGUAUUGACGCCCUCAUUGCAACGCUUGAGGCUGCUGGUGUGUGCAUCGACUUUUAUAUCUGGCUGAUCAGGAACGAGUUCAUUGAUAAGGCGGAAAGACGGAUCUCCAGUAAGGAAUUGUGA